AAUGUACGCACCUCUGCUUCUAUGAGUUCUAUCGCUAUCGGUCUGACAUGGAAGAAGGUUGGGUAAGGAAGAAACGGGAGGGAAGGUUUCGUCAUUUGUGAUAAAGACUUGGAGAUUUUAGCGAAAGAACGGGAAGAUUUUUGUGCGAAGCGCUCAAUCCCGCGUUUUCAUCUUUAUCGCUUCACCAGAAAGGCGGAUAGACGUCACAAGCGAAGCGGCUUCCAUAUUCUGCGUUUCCCAUUCUAACCCUUACCGCCUUCACCAUCCGCUCCACCACUCCCUCCCACAGGCACGCGCGCGCUCACAAGAGGGGGAGUUGCAGUGAGUCGUUAGAAACUGUGAUUUCUCUUCGCAGAGUAUUGCAUCAGAAACCCCAGCCACAGAGAGAGAGAAAGAGAGAGAGAGAGAGAGUGUGUGUGUUUCUGAAACCCUAGUUUUGUGCUAAAAAACUCUGCUACUAUACGGGGAUGGGGAUACCUUCAGAGUCCUAGUUCCUUUUUUUUUUUUUUUCCUUUUGUGUGUGUGAGAGAGAGGGGGGAGAGAGAGAGAGAGAGAGAGAGAGAGAGAGAGAUGGCGGUGUCGAUGGAGAGGUCCCUGGAAGCAUGGGAGGAGGUGCAGAGGCAGGGGCAGGACAUAGCGGACAGAUUCAACUCCAUGGCGCAGGGUUUCACCUGCCUCCUCAACUCGCACAUCAAGCCCACCGCUUUUCCUUGGCCUCCCAUGCCCCAGACGGAGGCUCCCAACCUGGGGUUUCCAAAGGGUUACUCCGGCGGCGACGGGGUUUCGGCGAUCUUCGACAUCGGCAACAGGUUGGGGCGCGCCGGAGCGGAGUUCGGCGCCUACGUGGGCGGCAUGGUCGAGCACUUCUUCCACCAGCUGCCGCCCCUGCCGCAGCUCCGGCCAGAGGAGAAGGUCGAGAUCCUGGGGAUGAGGCCGGAGCAGGGCGGUGGUAGUCCCAUCAGCGGAUUACUUGAAUUCGAGAGGGAGGAAGAGGGGAAAGACCACGGCGGAUGGAGAGAAUUCGGCCGAAGUGACUCAUCGUUUUCCGGUAUGGAGAUGGGAAAUCUGUCGAUUCCGGAAGCGGAGGAGUCGGUAGAGGAAGAAGUUUUUGGCCUCAGCGUGAGGUCUUCUUCUACAGGGCGCUUUGCCAGAUCUCAGGGAAGUGUAAAUAUUACAUCCACGUAUGAUAGUAGGACCAAUGGUAUUGAAAGUUCUGUCAUUGCAAGGGGUGACUUGUGGAGGGUGGAGGCAUCUCAUGGGAGUUCCACAUCUGGACAUGAUAGUUCCCCUCUCUUUCUUGUUCAACUUGGACCUGUUCUUUUUGUUCGUGAUACAACAUUGCUCCUGCCAGUUCAUUUGUCAAAGCAACACUUGCUUUGGUAUGGUUUUGACAGGAAGAAUGGUGUGCACUCAAUCUGCCCAGCCUUAUGGUCAAAGCAGAGAAGAUGGCUGUUGAUGUCAAUGAUUUGUCUCAACCCCUUGGCUUGUUCAUUUAUGGAUUUGCAGUUCCCUAACGGACAGCUUACUUAUGUUGCUGGUGAGGGAUUGACUGCCAGUGCUUUCUUACCCAUCUUUGGUGGUCUGCUACAAGCACAAGGUCGCCUUCCAGGGGAAACAAGGGUUAGCUUCUCUUGCAAGAACAAGCGAGGCACACGCUUUACAUCUACCGUUCAAUGGCCAGAUAAGUCUCUAUCUCUUGGAGUAAUGCAAGCAUUGGCAUGGCAAAGGUCAGGUCUCAUGGUUAGGCCUACUGUCCAGUUCAGUGUCUCGCCUACUUUUGGAGGAAGUAAUCCUGGACUAAGGGCUGAACUUAUACAUUCUGUGAGGGAGAAAUUAAACCUGAUAUGUGGCUAUGCUUGCACAACGCAGCCUUCCGCAUUUGCAUCAAUAGCACUUGGCAGAUCAAAAUGGAAUGGACAUGCAGGAAAUGCUGGAGUAGUGUUGAGUAUGGAAGUUCCUACUACGAAUCAUGGAAGAGCUGCUUUCUCUAUCCAGUUGAAUUCUGGUCUGGAGUUCUGAUGAGUUCCACUCUCGUUUUUGUACAGCAACCUUAUAACAAGUGUAUAUAUGCCCAUCAAAUAGUUUAUCAAUCAGAGAUGCAUACCAACGUUAUGGAAUAGAGCGUUUUGAUAUUUCAUUCUAAUGUAUUGUAUGUAUUGUGAAGGAAAGCUUUACAAACAAUGCGGUAUCACGUGUUUGUAAUAGCAAAGUUAUGAUUCUUUUUCUCU